GUAUUAUGUCUACGCGAUCAUUCCCCUCAUCGUGGUGUGGAUAGUCCGGCAGGAAACGAUGAAUUCAAUGCGUAUGUUCUGCAAGUCACGGUUUUUGUGGCUGAAGCAACUGAAGAUCCCGCAAGCCGCAACAGUACUUGUCGAAGGCAUCCCUGAGGAAUAUCAGUCGGAUGCGAAAGUCCAGGAGUACUUCAGCCGAAUGUUCAGCGCGAAGGACGUGAAGGCUGUGAAUGUCGCCAAAAACAUGCCUGAGCUGGAGACCGUCUAUUCAGAGCUUCAGACAGCUGUACAGUCCUUGGCCAAGGUGGAGCAGGAGUGGGAAAAUGCCGGCAAGCCGGAAGACGCACGACCACAGAUCAAGCACAUGAUGGGAAGCCUCACGGGAAGCUCCGAAGAUGCAAUGGACUACUGGAAAGCAACCAUCGAGACGAAAUCGAAGGAAGUGAAGCAGUACCGCGAAAGUGUGGCCAAGGAUGCCGCCAGCGGGAUCGGCGGAGUGAAUGGCCACUCUGGCUUCGUGACUUUCGCAGACUGCCGGAAUGCCCGAGUGGCUGCCAGCACCAAGUUUUCCGCGGAUCGGACUACUUGGCUUGUCUCCCAAGCACCGGCACCCAAGGACAUCAUUUGGUCGGAUCUGAAGGUGAACGUGGAGCUCCGGACUGCCAAGCGAAUUAUCGGAUAUGGUCUUGUGUUUGGCUUGUAUGUGGCUUUCACGCCAUUCUGCUUGUUUGUAACAAACUUGGCGACAACUAUCAACCUCGGACCUUUCCAGUCCCUCUGGGCUGCCUACGCCCCGACGUUGGGCUUGCUGAUCUUUCUCUCCUUCGCGCCUACUGUCCUCAUCAACAUUUUCUCCUGGCUUUUCAACCUCAAGUCCGAGGUGCGUUCACAGCUGGAGCUGCAGAAUUGGUAUUUCUGGUUCAUGUUAUUUUUCGUCAUCGGCGUCACUGUAGUUGGUCAGGACUUUGUGAAUUUCGUGUCGCAGGUAGCUCAAGAUCCCUUGAAGCUUCCGCUGGUGCUGGCGGAGAAGAUGCCGUCUUCCACCCACUACUACCUCAACUUCCUGGCACUGCAGUGGGUCACGCACGGGAUGAAUCUCACUCGAUACGUUCCCGUGGGCAAGUUCGUUGCGGCUUCGAAGAUUUGGAGCGAAGAG